ACUAGGGUGCAUAACAACAAUGGAGAAUUGAGUUUUCGAAUCGAAGAAAAGACUCUAUUGGCAUAUUUCGUUCAAAGACAUAUGUAGUUGAAAGCUCCUGGAAGCCUCUGGGCAGAAUAUUCAAUGAUUAAAUCCACCGUUUUUCUUUAUGAUGGCAUUGAUAUUUCCAAGUUUUCAACUUUGAUCGCGUAUUUGAAGAGAAAAAAUGUUGGCUAUAGGCCUAAGAAAGCGAGCAUUUUUACACGGGAGCAAUUUGAAAAAUUUCUUAUGGAAGCACCGGAUGAAGAAUUUCUAGUUCACAAGGUCGCAAUGAUAUUGGGAAUAUCUGAUGCCUGUAGAAGAGAAGAAUUAUAUAAUAUUACUAUGAAUGACAUCCAACAAACCGAUGGUUUAAUGAUUGUAAAAGUUCCCAAUACAAAAACGAACAUCCAGCGUACUUUUACAGUCGUUAAUAAACCAGACGAUAAAGUUCUAUAUUUAGAAAUUCUGCAAAAGUAUAUAAAACUUCGUCCAUUACAAGCAAAAUCAAAUCAUUUGUUCUUAAGAUACGCCAAAGGAAAAUGUUGUGCUCAAGUAAUAGGGAAAGGGACAAUUGGGGGCUGGCCUUCUCAAAUUGUCAAAUUCUUAAAUUUGCCUAAUCCCGAGAACUAUACUGGCCAUUCGUUCAGGACAUCAGCAACGCUUUUGGCUAAUAAAGGUGUUGAUGUCCUCGGAUUAAAGCGUCAUGGAGGUUGGCGUUCAUCGACAGUGGCAGAAAGCUAUGUAGAAGAUUCUCUUCAAAAUAAAAUAGAUUUUGCCGAAAAAAUAUUGUGCAAUACUAGUAAUGCUACUAAUGUAUGCGAUUCUGCAGGAGUUUCUGUUAGAAGUGAAACCACAGCCCAAACAAGUGGGAUUUCAUUAAAUAAUUAAACAAAUUGUACCAUAAGUUUCAAUAUUAAUAAAUAAUUCGUUAGUUUUCUUUAUUCUUUCAAAAAAUAAAUUAA